CACCGCCUGCGGUCGCUUCGGGUCCCCGCCCCGACCGAGACUUCCGGACCGGGCGGGCCCUGCGGUAGAGGCAGUUUUGCUGGAGACAUGGCGCUGCUGGGUCGUGCGCUCUUCGCUCGGGUGUGCCGCCUACCCCGCGACCCCGGUCCUCUGAGGUUUUUCAGUUAUGGAACAAAAACACUGUAUCAAAGCAUUGAUGCUCCCCAGUCUAAAUUCUUCCAGCCGCGUUUAAAGCCCAUGCUACCACCUAAUACUUUUCAAGGAAAAGUGGCUUUCAUUACCGGAGGAGGCACCGGCCUUGGCAAGGCAAUGACAACUUUUCUGUCCAGCCUGGGUGCCCAGUGUGUGAUAGCCAGCAGGAAUAUUGAUGUUUUGAAAGCUACUGCGGAAGAGAUUUCUUCUCAGACUGGGAAUAAGGUGCACGCAAUCCGGUGUGAUGUACGGGAUCCUGAGAUGGUGAACAACACCGUGCUGGAGCUGAUCCAAGUGGCAGGGCUUCCUGAUGUGGUGAUAAACAACGCAGCAGGGAACUUUAUUUCUCCCAGUGAAAGACUAUCUCCUAAUGCUUGGAAGGCUAUAACUGACAUUGUUCUCAAUGGCACAGCCUAUGUGACUCUAGAAAUUGGGAAGCAGCUCAUUAAAGCACAGAAAGGAGCUGCAUUUCUUGCUAUCACUACCAUCUAUGCUGAGAGCGGAUCAGGCUUCGUAGUGCCAAGUUCUUCAGCUAAAUCAGGCGUGGAAGCCAUGAAUAAGUCUCUUGCAGCUGAGUGGAGCAGAUAUGGGAUGCGAUUCAAUAUAAUUCAGCCGGGGCCUAUAAAAACCAAAGGUGCCUUUAGCCGUUUGGACCCAACUGGAAGAUUUGAGAAAGACAUGAUCGAAAGGAUUCCCUGUGGUCGGCUGGGGACUGUGGAGGAACUUGCAAAUCUAGCCACUUUCCUGUGCAGUGAUUAUGCGUCUUGGAUUAAUGGGGCGGUCAUUAGAUUUGAUGGUGGAGAGGAAGUAUUCCUGUCGGGUGAAUUCAACUCUCUCAAGAAGGUCACCAAGGAGGAGUGGGACAUAAUUGAAGGGCUCGUCAGGAAGACAAAAGGCUCCUAAGAUGGUUUCGUCUUUCCCUGGGACAAGAGGGAUGAAGACGAUGCAUAUGGACCAUGGUUGUUUACUUGUUUUUAGGGUUAAUAAACGUUUGCUUAGAUGAUUUCUGUAGUUCCAGGGAUCGAACUCAGGGUGUCUGGUAUGCAAGAGUGCUACCUCUGAGCUGCACCUGAGCCUUCAUCAAUGGUUGGACAGUCAUUGAGUGCACGUGAUGUGCCAGAUCGGGGUGGUCACUGUGUACUGAAGGAUAAAAUGGGCAGGGUAUCUUUUCUUUAAAACUUGACAGAAGCAAAAAGGAGUAAAAAUUUCUUUUUAAAAAUUA